AUGCAAACCGUACAAGCAUCAAUCAUAUCACUGCACAGUGAUCUCAAAACUAUAAGUUCACUGCAAAGCAAUACCAACAAACUUCAAAUACCAAAUAUUCCCGAUGAGCAUAUUAUUAUUUUAGAUGAACACGCGCAAAUUAUCUUUACUAGUCAAUACACAUCUGAUCAAAUUAUACGUGGAAUUAAAAACUGGGAAAUACUUCGCAAAUUCUUCUGUGAUGAUUCAAACGUUGAUAGUGUAGAAAACAACAUUUCUCAGUAUAUUCUACAAACUGUGCGGCAACUAACGCCAAAACAUAUGACUGAGUUUAUGCUCAAGCUUUGUAAAUAUCGCGCAGCCUACAUCGAUGAUCUCUUAGAUCAGCUCAUGAAGCUAUUUCCCAAUCAAAUCAUUGUUGAAAACGAAGCAGGCAGCCGAGAUCCUGAGUCUGAUUAUGAUAUUCGCUUGGCUUCGACCGAUGGAAGUGAUGUAGACAUAGACGCUUGCGUUAUGUUCAAUGCUUUUUUCUCACUGCAUUGGCACUUACCAUCUGGUAUUGUUUUCGAUACUAAUCUGUAUCCAAGAGACAUGGGUGCAAUUGAACCGAAAUAUAAAGUCAAAGGGACAGGUCUGGGAAUAUUUCUACACCUACCGUGCGAUUAUCCGUACUAUUUCUUCUAUGAAGUUAAUGAUUAUAAACAGAAUAAAAUAUCAGCUGUUCAACUACGAAGAUAUAUGACUGGAAAAGAAUGGCAACUGUAUAUGGACAUUAGGAAAAAAACUCAUCCCGAUGAGUCAGUGGAGACAUUCUUUCACGAUGUCGAUAAAACAUAUUGGAAACACACGAUGCAUCUACUUUCGCAUAUACGAAAACCAAACCAAUUAAUUACGGAUGCAUUGAAUGAAAUCAAGAAUAUCAAACCUACCAUUGGAACAUCAACAUACGAUACUACUAAAUUCGAAGCCUUGUGGAAUAGAAUUGCACAAGAACAGAAACAUGUGUUAAUGGAACGUGCCAAUAUGCUAUAUAGCAAAUAUCUUCGUCAAGCACGACAAAUUGAGAGAAAUAUCCGAGUUCGAAAAGAUCGAUACGAAGAUUCUAUUUUAACACCAAUACUUCGCAUUCCUCCAAGUGAAAUGCGUUAUACCGACGCAUUAAUCGUCUCUAUGAGACACAAAUAUGCCAAGGCCAUCUACUUUGCUCACGAUGCAUGUGUAGCAGAAGGUGCGUUGUUUUACACUGGAGUCGAUCAAUAUAACAAUCAUGCUGACCUGUCGUUUGUUAAAAACAGAAGAGUACGCGCAAAUCUCAUCACCAAUAACCAGUUAUACCAAUCAAUUAACGAACAGUACGCCGGAUUUCUGAAAGACAUUAAACAUUAUUCCUGUGAAAACAACAAUGAUGGCCGGGUAAUUUAUCGAAGCAGCAAGUAUCUCUUUCGUUUACUGAACACGAUCAUCGACUCCGGAAGACAUCGAUGGAACAGAAUGAGAUUUGAACACAAUGAAGAUACGAAAAGUUUGAAAACAAUGCUAGAAGAAUUACUGUUACCCAUUCGAAAAAGCAAAUAUCCGUUCGAUGGACUUAGUGCGAUAUAUCGCGCUCAAAUAAGUGAAUGUUUCGCAUUGGCCAUAUUUGCAACGGAUUCACAGUUGGAAAAGUAUUGGCAAUACCGUAAAUCAACCUUGGAACAAUCCAAUACGUUAUUCAAAUAUAAAGACCAACAGUGGGAGUUUAUAAGAACAUCAAAUUAUACCUCGGAAGUCAAACGUUUGCUAGUCAACGACCUACAAGCAUCAGCGGUACAAUUGCGAGAAAAUAAUUCGAACGGAGAUAUUUUUCUCAAUAUUAAAUUAUUACUGAUAGCUGACCACCCCGAAGACAGUUAUGUGGUGAUUGACAUGGAUACUGACAGUCAUUAUGAAUCUGCUCUAAGUGUUCUACCAGAAAAACCCUCGAUACUAACCCAAUAUAAAUCGUCCGUUAAUCAAAUUUUUAUCAAUUGCAAAGAAAAAAUUUGUCAUAAUUACUUCCGUGGUACAUUCGAUCAUGUUCCUGACAUCGUUCGUUAUCUACUCGAUUGGAAUGUCAGUCGAUUCAAUAUUGUCACGAAAUAUCCACGCCGAGAAGAAUAUCGUCGCGUUAAACAAUCCAAAGUAUAUGAUUAUAUUACAUUUAAAGAUUAUUUCGUGGGUAUUAUGUUGGGUAUUAUCUUAGCUUGCAUUCAAAUGUUCCUCAUCGCUCCAAUCAUGUUUCUAACCAAACCUAUUAACAAAUCUAUUUGGAUACUUCGAACUCUCUGUAAACUUCAUCAACCAUCCGAUCGGAUCUUUUUAAACAUGCGUGCUGCACAUCGGACAUUGAUUACGCAAUACAUCCUAGUUGUUCAUAAUUAUCGAAUUAUAGACACAGGUAUUACCAUUGCCGAUGCUUAUGGAACAUCGAAACUUUGGGUGGGCUACAUUAUUGCGUUCAUGCGUUUGUUAUGCAUUAUCUUCGUCGAAGGAAUUAUCUGGUUUAGUUGGAUCUCAUUGAUUCUGACUAUUAUAUCUACAACUGCAAUUAAAACGUUGUUAGCUUAUCUGUACAUCAUUCGAGAUAUGUACUUAACAUGUUCACUUGGUGUUUGUGCGAUCACCAUCAUAUUAAACACAUGGACAACAAUUAGACGUCAGUAUUUGCUGCCAACUUCGAAAAACGUUCAGUAUCUUGCCACGAUUAGAGAAAAUCAAAGCACGAGAGCAUCCUAUAUAUCCAUGUUGUCUUAUAUUAUCCUUGGCAUCGUCUUAAAUAUUGUUUUAAUUCUAUUAGGAGAUUACCACACAUAUGAACAAUGGUUCAAUAUUAUUCCAUUUUCAAGAUUCGUAGACGUUCGAUCGACAGAUUUUAAUUCUGUGCAGUUAGUUGCACUUGUUAUCACCCAGGGCGUAGCGAACACAUUGAUUGGUGUCGUUUAUGAAAAUGCCGGAGGUGAAGGACGGAUUCCUGACUACGAGUUAUCAUGUCGAGAUCGAAUUGAUCGAAAAGAGUGGUUAAAUUUUCCAGUGGGAACAAUCUGUUCCUUAUUGAAGUUUAUCAAAAGACGACGAGCAGAGUCUUCGAAGAUUAUUCCUUAA